GUACGAGGCGUCUGUUGACGAGGCAGCAGGAUCCAAUCGGGCUCCGGCAGCCAUGUGUCAUCGCCAACGCUCUCAAGGCGCUGCACAAGCGUUCGAGACAACUCGCCCAGCCAGCGGCAAGCGUUGAUGAAGCGGGAUGGGAAUCAAAAUUAGAGGGCGGCAUGGCGAUCUGGACAAAGGAAGCGUGUGAACAGGCGUGAGGAAGGGUGACUCCACCAACACGAAACCGAAACGUGACUGCUGACAGCCACAAUGCUCGGCCAAGGCUCGUAUGAAGGACACGACACCGGGAUCAGGCAGGCGGAACAAAAAGGCUUUCUGGGGCAUGACAGUCAGAACAGUGCCGCAGGCGUUACAAGAUCUGCAUCUUGGGCGGCUGGUUUCGUCAUGGCCGAAAGACUAUCGAACGCGACCGUGCGCGCCGAGGAGUCCCGUCAAUGGCUCCAGCUCAGCCUCUCAGCUGCUCUUUGGGGCGAGGUGCGGCCUGUUUUCGCAGCGAGGCCGGUGACAGCAGCUGCCGGCUGCCUAGGGCUCACUGGGGCCAGUGCCUUGCGAGCGACUUCACGAGGGACAGAGGAGGCUGAUGGGAGCCAAUCAGCGGCGGGGCGGGCUGCAGUGCGUGCGAUAUUUUUGCCUCUCGGGGCCUCACUUUCAGUCGGAAUCAGUCCUGCGUCAGUCCUUUGUGCAGGUUGCUUCUGCUGGGGCGGCCGAGCUGAGCGGCAGUGGGCAGCAGUGGAGAUGAACUUGCGCUAG